AUGGCCCGGUCUGGCCCUUUCCUGUAUAACGUGUACGCUGGGAGUCGGGAACCAACAAAUGGCGAUCAGCAUUUAACCACCUUAAAAAAUAAUAAUAAAUACCGCUCCGCCGCUCCACCGUUACUCCGCUCCACCGCUCCACCGCUCCACCGUUACUCCGCUCCAUCGCUCCACCGCUCCACCGCUCCACCGCUCCACCGCUCCACCGCUCCACCGUUACUCCGCUCCACCGCUCCACCUCUCCACCGCUCCACCGCUCCACCGCUCCACCGUUACUCCGCUCCAUCGCUCCACCGCUCCACCGCUCCACCGUUACUCCGCUCCACCGCUCCACCGCUCCACCGCUCCACCGUUACUCCGCUCCACCGCUCCACCGCUCCACCGUUCCACCGCUCCACCGUUACUCCGCUCCACCGCUCCACCGCUCCACCGCUCCACUGCUCCACCGUUACUCCGCUCCACCGCUCCACCGCUCCACCGUUCCACCGCUCCACCGCUCCACCGUUACUCCGCUCCACCGUUACUCCUAUCCACCGCUCCACCGCUCCUCCGUUACUCCGCUCCACCGCUCCACCGCUCCACCGUUCCACCGCUCCACCGCUCCACCGUUACUCCGCUCCACCGUUACUCCGCUCCACCGCUCCACCGCUCCACCGCUCCACCGUUACUCCGCUCCACCGUUACUCCGCUCCACCACUCCACCGUUACUCCGCUCCACCGUUACUCCGCUCCACCGCUCCACCGGUACUCCGCUCCACUGCUCCACCGCUCCACCGUUACUCCACUCCACUGUUACUCCGCUCCUCCGCUCCACCGUUACUCCGCUCCACCGGUACUCCGCUCCACCGCUCCACCGUUACUCCGUUCCACCGGUACUCCGCUCCACCGCUCCACCGUUACUCCGCUCCACCGCUCCACCGCUCCACCGUUACUCCACUCCACCGUUACUCCGCUCCACCGCUCCACCGGUACUCCGCUCCACCGCUCCACCGUUACUCCGCUCCUCCGCUCCACCGUUACUCCGCUCCACCGGUACUCCGCUCCACCGCUCCACCGUUACUCCGUUCCACCGGUACUCCGCUCCACCGCUCCACCGCUCCACCGUUACUCCACUCCACCUUUACUCCGCUCCACCGCUCCACCGGUACUCCGCUCCACCGCUCCACCGUUACUCCGCUCCACCGCUCCACCGUUACUCCGCUCCACCGUUACUCCGCUCCACCGUUACUCCGCUCCACCGUUACUCCGCUCCACCGCUCCACCGUUACUCCGCUCCACCGGAACACUUCUCAGAUCCGCUUCCCCUCCCCCAAUCCUCAACUCACCAUGUCCACAGGGUCAUGA